AUGUUUGCCCAGUUCCUGCUGCUCGCAACGUCUCUGGCCGUCUCUUAUCCGGCCUCUCGCGCAUACACUGUUGUCGAUCCAUUCGCGGCGCCUUGUUUCCGAAAGGGCAACGGGACCGACCCGUCGGAUACAGGAGUAUGCGACGACGUUCAGUCCAAUUAUACAAAUCGCUUCUUUCGUUUGACGAACGCGGGAUCAUACAUGAAUACACAGUGGGAAACUUGCCAGAUGUCUGGAUCUCAGUGUCUACUGGACUGGACCAAUCCUUCCAAUGAGCUCGCAUUCGAAUAUCCGCGUACUUGCGGGCAAGGGAGCGUCCCACUCUUCACUGUUGAGGUCGAAACCGCGCAGGACGUCGUGACCGCUCUGCAUCAGGCCGAGGCUUUGGGGAUGCCGAUCGUUAUCAAGAACACGGGUCACGAUUACAAGGGCCGCAGCAGUGCGCCCAACUCCCUCUCGCUUUGGAUGCACAAACUCUCAAACAUAUCGUAUGAUGCAAACUUUGUACCGGAUGCAUGUGGUACUCCGGGUGUUUCCGCAAUAACGAUUGGUGCUGGCGUUCUCACGGGUGACUUGCUGGAAUUCGCGGAUGCAAAUGAUCUCACCGUAGUCGGCGGCAAUGACCCUACUGUUGGUGCAGCUGGCGGGUGGCUUCAAGGUGGCGGACACAGCUUUAUAUCCAAUGUCUAUGGUCUCGGAGUUGAUCGUGUUGUCCAAUAUCGUCUAGUCACCGCUGGUGGCCAGUACUUGACAGUCAACGCCUGUCAACAUCCGGAUCUCUUCUGGGCACUUCGUGGCGGUGGAGGCGGGACAUUUGGGGUUGUGACAGAGGCCACUGUUUUGGCAGACCCCAGAACCGCGGUUCAGGUUGCGCUGGUAUCAUUUAACGCAAAUAGUACGACGACCCGAGCGCUCUGGGAGCUUGUGCUGAAGAACCAGGUUUCGUGGAGUCAAUCCGGCUGGGGUGGACUAGUCAAUCAACAUCAGGCCCUGUAUGUGAAUCCUGUGUUGAACGCUAGUGCGGCGAAUGCAACCAUGCAGCCUCUGCUGGACUUUGCUGGCAAUCUGGGAGGCGCUGUGGUGAAGACCGUCUUCGCGGAAUUUCCCUCGUAUCUGGCGUUUUUUAACACCUUCAUCGCCCCUUCCCCUGCACCAGUGGGCGAGAAUGUAGCCCUGGCAUCCCGGCUCAUCCCUACAUCUCUUCUAGAGUCGCCCGACUCCCGUUCGACUCUUCUUGACGCAUUACUGGCAUCCGCUGCGAAUGUCUCUGACAUUCGCAUAUUCUCGACUACCCCAUUCGCGUUCAACGGUAGCCGCGAACUCACCAGCGUGACGCCUGCUUGGAGUGAUUCUAUCUUCCACGUUGUAUUGGAUCGAGUAUGGAACUUCAAUGCGACGGUGGACGUGAUAAAUGACCAGUACGAGGCGCUGACGGCCUCAGUUGGUGCGCUCAGGGACUUGACCCCCACCGCUUCAUACCAGAAUGAAGGGGAUGUUCAUGAGCCUGACCACGAGGUAGCCUUUUGGGGGGACAACAAUGCACGUCUUCUAUCCAUCAAAACGAGAUAUGACCCAGACGGUAUAUUUGACUGUUGGCAGUGCAUCGGUUUCAAACCCAAUUCUUCUCGUUUUUCGUGUUACCUCUAG